AUGAAAUACUUGGGGAACAGCCACAUCCUUGGGAUAUUACCUUGUGCUUUCUAUCUGCCGUUGGUAGUUCCCAUUCAAAAAUUUACCAUCCCAGCCCACCUGAAGUCAGCUGUCGUGAAAAUUGUAGUCAACGCCACAUCCUGCAGCGUCACCUGUGGGCUGGGCUUCAAAGUGGAGGAGAUGUGCGAGGUCACGGCUGACGGAGAGAAGAGGAAUUGUACCUUGCGCAGGUCCGACUGCCUGACCACCUGGGUCUGUGGCUUACUCCACUUCACCGUCCCUGUGGGCAAACCCUUCCAGUUCAGCUGCCUGGCCGCGGGCACGAUCGGCCUUGGUAGCCGAGCCUAUAGCUAUACGUGGAGGCUCGCCCAGGGCCUUAUCACCGUAAAUGAUGUCCUGUUCAAACCUUUCGAAAACCCCGAUUCCGUCGUCAGAUUUUCCCCUACCACCGAGUCUGACGCAGGGACUUACCGAUGCGAUGUGCAGAUGUUGAAGACGUUCAGAAUCAUCAAGAGGGUCUACUUUGGGGUCACGGUGAUCCAAAAUGACUUAGUGGAUCUGAACUUUCAGAAAUUCUUGACUUGGGAACAGAAGUUAGCAGCAGACAGCGAGGAAGGAAGAAGCGCAGAAAACAGCACCGAGGAAGAAGUGCAAACACAGCAGUACUUUUGUCAAGGAGAAAUGUUUUACGAAUGCUUGAUAGGAGCUGGAAGCGGAGUGAUAGGGGCUGUCUUGGUGAGCAUGGCGUUCUGCUGCUUGCAGAAGAUUUUGAGAAGAGCUGCGAAAUAA